GUCACCGAGUCAAAAAAAAAAAAAGGCGACGGGCAUCGGGAUGAACUUGACGCGGCACGGAUCUCAGAGAGGAACCUGAUCCCUCGUCGCCCCCUCGCCGUCAGCCACCGGCAGCUCAGCUCACCUGCUCGCCCGCCAGUCGCCCCCCUCAACGAGCAGCAGUAGAGUCCUUCUGUCUUGGGAGCGGGCGGUAGCGGAGAAGAGGAGGAGGAGGAGCUGGUGGUGGUUCUCAGAGUCUCCGCCAUGGCGAGCUCUUCUUCCGACCCAGAGAAGCUCAUGGCCAAGGCCGACAAAUUAACAAAACUGAGCUUUACAAGGUGGAAUGCUGACUGGAAGACUGCUACCUCCUUGUAUGAACAAGCCGCAAUUGCUUAUAGGUUCAGAAAGGACAAUGAGAAAGCAAAGGAUGCAUUUGAGAAGGCUUCAAAAGGACAAGAAAUGAUCUCCUCACCAUGGGAUGCUGCUAAGCAUAUGGAAUCUGCUGGCGCAUUAGCCAAGGAGCUUGGGCUCUGGAAUGAAGUUUCAGACUUUUAUCGCAGAGCAUCAGAAUUUUACCGUGAAUGUGGAAGAUCACAACCUGCCUCCGAUGCUCUUGCAAAGGGUGCCAGUGCCUUGGAGGAUAAAGCUCCAGAAGAAGCAAUUAAAUUAUAUGAUGAGGCUUGUGCACUUCUAGAAGAUGAUGGAAAGGAGCAGAUGGCUUUUGACUUGUACCGUUCUGCUGCAAGUUUAUAUGUUAAACUUGAGAAGUAUUCGGAUGCGGCUGGAUUCUUUUUAAGACUUGGUUCAGCUGCUGAUAAGUGCAAUGCCAUCAACAGCCAAUGCAAGGGUUAUCUGAGUGCAAUCAUCAUCUACCUUUACGCACAUGAUUUUCAGCAAGCUCAGAAAUGCUACAAUGAUUGCUCAGAGGUUCAAGCUUUCCUUAAUAGUGACCAGAAUCGAUGUGCAAUGAAACUGUUGUCUGCUUACGAGGAAGGUGAUGCUGAAGAAGUCAAACGUGCUGCUCAAUCAAAUGUCAUCAAUCACCUUGACCAUGUGGUAAUUCGACUCGCAAAGAAACUACCAACAGGUGAUCUGCAGGCCAUCAAGAAAGAUCUAGCAGCCGAUGACGACAGGGACUCCUUGGACGAGAAUGACCUAACUUGAUCCCGAACUGUCCGUUAGAUGCAGAGAGAAAGAAAUCUAUUGAGUGACUCAAAUCACAGCAGUCGUGAACAGGAAAGUUUGUAAAAAUACACUUUGUGUUAUGUAGGAACUUUUAGGCUGCAUCUGUAUCAUGAAAUUUCCCUCAUUCCCGCUGUUUUGGGUCUUUGCACAUACCACCUACCAUCUAUACUCCUAUACUGGUCGCCUGAUGCUGUUGGCAUAAUUAUUUGUUUGAUUAAUUACCUUCAAUAAUGUGAAGUACUA